CGUAGUGUAAACAUUUAAACAGCUCUGCAUCUUUUACAUAAAAAAUGUCUGAUAAGUAUACAAUACGUCACAAAAAGUAAGCAGUAGACGCAUAUUCAAUUAUAAAGAACGUUACACAGAAUAAGGUCUACAGAGAAUAGGGACAAAGUAAGAUGGUGCUACUGCUGCUAUUGUAUUCGGCAAGUAUUCUACUGGUUAUAUUUUACCUUCAGUUCCGGUGGCGAUACAGAUAUAUUUUGGCCACAGCCAAAAAAUUGCCUUCUCCACCAGGAUGGCCACUCAUUGGCAAUGCCCUUUUACGCCCAGGGGAUAUUCCUUGUACAACGAAAAAUCUGUUCAAAAAUCUUAUAAAGUUUAAAAGGCGUUUCUGCUUUUGGGUUGGACCUGUACCGACUUUUGUAAUAUCUGACCCCUCAGAUGUGCGGAUUAUUCUGAAUAGUAGUACCACGUUAGAAAAAGACGAUAAAAUGUACAAAAUUAUGAAGAUCCUUCUAGGAAAAGGAUUAAUAACUGCAAAAGUUUCAGUUUGGAAGAAGACUCGGCGUUUGAUCAAUCCAGUGUUUCACCCCACAAACAUUGAGAACUUCCUUCCUGUAUUUAAUGAAGUGAGCAGAGAAGUGGUCCAACAUAUAGGCGUAGAAGGCGAGAUAUUUGACUCUUAUGAUUUGUCCUUCAAUGCAGCGCUGGAUGCUAUAUCAAGAACUGUUCUUUCAAAACGAUCUGUGAACAAAACAAUUAGGGAAUCAAUUCAUACAGGAUUGCAAAACCAUGGUGAAUUGGUUUAUGAAAGCAUUUACAAGCCUUGGCUUCACAUAAAAUGGAUUGCAAUGCUAGUAGGAGACAAAAUUAGUUACACAAAGCAGCUUUAUUCUGAAAUAACAGAGUAUUUUGAUAAGCUUUGGAAGGAAGAACUCUGUGGUGAAGAGUACUACCAAAAACAAAAGUUGGGAUAUAAGGAUUCACAUUGCAAAACCCUUCUGGAUGUAUCCAUGGAUAAUCCGUCUGUCGCUGGCGAUGACCAUUACUGGAGGGAUGAAAGGCACACAAUGCUGGCUGCUGGAACGGAAACUCUAGCCUCGGCUCUUUCAUUUUUUACAGUAAUUCUUGCCAAUCACUCAGAUGUGCAGGAAAAAAUCUACAGAGAGAUUCUGCAGGAAGUUAAGGACCCUAGUGACGUCACUCUCUCUGACCUGAGAUCUCUGAGAUAUCUUGAACAAUCUCUCAUGGAAUCUAUGCGACUAUAUCCAAGUAUUCCCACCAUUGUGAGGAAAGUUACUAGGAACACAAAACUGUCAACUUUAACGCUGCCAGCCAAUAGUCGUGUGAUGAUUCCUUUCUACUCCAUGGGCCGGGAUGAAGACCUGUUCCCCGAUCCUGAAAUAUUUCUCCCAGACCGUUUCUCGCCAGACGCCUCUGAAGGAAGACAUCCGUAUGCUUUCCUCCCUUUUAGUGGUGGACCACGAAAUUGUAUAGGAAAGACGUACGCUAUGUUCUUCAUGAAGACAGUCAUGGUACAUUUGCUUAGAAGUUACAAAGUGCACAGCAAUGUACGUUUGUGUGAUAUUGAACCUACUCUCAAGAUUGUGCUGAGUUCUAACACGAAACUCCUCGUACGAUUUGAAAAUCGAUAAUCUGUUUUCAAAUUAAUGUAUUGCUUCAAGCCUUGACCUUUAAUAUUUCCACAUUUAAAACUGUAAGAUAAUCUAGGUCCAUAAAGAGCUAUAAGAAUUUGUAAAACGGCAAAUCAAUAACUUACUAUUUGGAUUUUUAAUUUAUAAUACAAUACCACCGGCAAUGUGUGUUUAGAUUCCGUUAUCUGCUACCUAAAAUCUCUUUCUAAUACGUAUUGUACAAUUAAAUUAAUAUUCUUUUCUAUGUACGUGAGUGUGGCAAUAGAACAGAAUUUAAACCAAACUUGUUUAACGCUCAUUUAAUUCUUGAAUAUUCUGCUUGUUGUGCAAUAAAACAGUUUUAGCUAUCUAAUCAAUGUUUAAGUACCUAUAAAAGCAAGGUAUAAAACGAA